ACUCCCUUUUGGUCCACUUCAGAAAGGUCUGGAGCAGAGGCAACAGAACUAGUGGAGAGCACAGCCCAAGCCGCGCCGAGCGCACCAGGAGGCCCCAAGGGCCGUAGGGCGUGCAUUCGGUCUUUAGCCAUGGGGUCCGCAGCGUUGGAAAUUCUGGGUCUGGUGUUAUGCCUGGUAGGUUGGGUGGGCUUGAUUCUGGCGUGUGGGUUGCCUAUGUGGCAGGUGACUGCCUUCCUGGACCACAACAUCGUGACAGCGCAGACGACUUGGAAGGGGCUGUGGAUGUCGUGCGUGGUGCAGAGCACGGGGCACAUGCAGUGCAAGGUGUAUGAGUCUGUGCUGGCGCUGAGUGCCGAGGUGCAGGCAGCUCGGGCGCUCACCGUGGGCGCUGUACUGCUGGCGCUGGUGGCACUCUUUGUUACCUUGACCGGCGCGCAGUGCACCACCUGCGUGGCCCCAGGUCCAGUGAAGGCGCGUGUGGCCCUCACCGGCGGAGCGCUUUUUGCGCUGUGCGGGCUGCUGGCGCUCGUGCCGCUCUGCUGGUUCGCCAACAUCGUGGUGCGCGAGUUCUACGAUCCAGCAGUGCCCGUGUCUCAGAAGUACGAGCUGGGCGCGGCGCUGUACAUCGGAUGGGCGGCCUCCGCUCUGCUCAUGUGCGGCGGCGGCCUUGUGUGCUGCGGCGCCUGGGUCUGCUCCGGCCGCCCGGAGUUUAGCUUCCCGGUCAAGUACUCGGCACCCCGGCGGCCCACGGCCAACAGCGAAUACGACAAGAAGAACUAUGUCUAAGGGUGGGAGGCACGGCGGGGCCCUUCCCGCAGUCAAGCCCGUGAUCGGAAGGACCGCACGUGGAUGGCAACCACUGCUGGAUUGCGCGGCGCAGACUCCGAGGCAAGUCAGGCUGGAUUCCGGCCAGAGGCCAGACUUUAACGUGCCCACAGAGGGUCGCUGACCGUCACCAGCCAGGCCCGGCUCAGAACAGACUAUAGGCAUUUGUGAGGACUUGACCUCCUUUUCUAUGCAGUUGGCCGCGGCUUUGGUGGGGCUCUUGGAUUUAAUAGGUGAAGCUGGCACCAAACUGCAGCUGCAGUUCCUAUUGAAACUCUGGGGAGUUCUGGAUGCUGCCUUAAUGUCCAGUUGCUCCUGCUAACCUGAAAGAGCAGCUGGAGUACCCCAGGCUCACAGCCUAAGCUGCUAGAGGGAUGUGUUAUAAAGGGCAUUUUCCUUUUUAGUGGAGAGCCCAGUGGACCAAAGGAUUUGACCUGGACCUCUCACUCCAGCACUCCUCCAAUGGUAGUGGUGGGGGGCUGUGGGUACCAAAGCCUUAGAGGGGCUGCCCUCCUCGGAGCUUGGGGGUGGGGUGGGCCGGGCAAUUAUUUGCUUAGUAAAUAGUUUGAACA